CGCUUUUCUGCUUGAGUCGACACUUUGCACGACUUUUAGGUCCUGGCCUGCAUACCGACCCCCGAUUCCCUCCUGUGAGGUCGAGUCGCGCUUGACUUCAUAACUAGACCGAGCGCUCGCGCAACACUGCUUGCCCUUCCUGUCGUUCACCGCCCCAUAUAAUCCGCGAUGCCGUCUCCGAUGAUGGCGAGAUUCCUCACCUAUUUACUGGGGAUGAUCAUCCUCCUGUCCCCUCCGGCAUCUUGUAUUACGGCUUGGUGGACGGAGCUGAGCCCUCAUCUGGCGAUGCAAGAUCCGGAAACGGGCAAAAUUGUGUACAGUGCUUGCAACAGCAACUCCACGCCCAUUCUGCCCGUCGAUGGCCUCAACGUCUUCAGCCUCCAGAACAAACCUCGAAUCGGCACGUCCAUCGCCGCCGCAGGAUGGUACGAUGUGGGCGAGCAUACGACAAUGGCCUCCGUCUUUUACCAGGCCGAAGAUGGCGCUCUGGUUAACGGUUACUUCGUUUGCGAUUUUCAAACGGGCCAUUACAACACCUCAGGCGAGUAUAUCAUCUCCAAAACGGCCGGCGUCGAGUCCAUACACAACGAGACGGGGCUUGCGGUCGAGCUGCUGAGCUCCAAGGACGGGUACCGCCUGUUCUUCCACGACGAGGCCAAGACCGUCAAUCUCAUGUCGUACACGACGACAAUUGGCGAGUGGCAACUCCAGGGGACCAUCUCGCAGGACCCGGUUGGCGGAAUGGCACUGGCGUCGACACACUCUGGCCAGAUGAACAUAUCGGUCGUCUUCCCCAAAGAUGCGGAAAACCUCGAAGUCUCGAGACUCUUCAAAGACGAGACGUGGCGUCUAGCCACACUGCCUCGCCCCCUGGUCGGCAACGGAGUAAAUGCCAGUACCAACGCGUCCGACAUCAUACUCGAUUCGUCGUUCAAGCCAAACUUCACCCUGCCCGCAUUCUCGAACAACUUGACUAGCCUAGGCGCAAUGGUUGACCAGUCAUAUGUGCGCAGCAUCUUUUACCUGGGAACCGAUGCCAAGCUGCACCAGGUGUCGAAUAUCAACUGGCAGUGGACGUCGAUGCCGGACAAGAAUUCAGCGAUUUGGCCCGUGGCCGAUGUUGCCGGUGGACCCUUUGCGACAGCGAACAACGUUGAUACAAACGAGGCGUGGAUAUGGUAUCGAUCAAACGGCAGUUUGGUACAGUUAUACCACGGUAGCAAUGGCUUGUGGGCGCAGGCAACGAGGGUGCCCAGCUUCAAUGCGACCAAGCCGCUCGAUGAAGGGCCUAACGAGACCGCGCCACUGACGACUUCAACGACCGCAACAGGGAACCCGGUAGUGUUGUCAACCGGGGCCAAGACCGGCAUCGGCAUCGGCGUUUCGUUGGGAGUGAUCGCCCUAGCCGUCGUUGGGAUCUUAUUCCUCAGGAGAAGAAGACGACAGCAAGAGGCGGUAGCUGAGGCGGCCCGUCUCAAAGAAGCGGAAGCCAUGGCCCAGAUGGCUCCCUUCGGCAACCUGACGUGGGGCCCGGAGUCGCCAACGGAAAAGCACGGGACAGAGUUGGUUGAAGCGGACGCGGUGGACACGACAGCGCCACAAGAGCUGGCGAAUGCAGGCGAAAGGUACGAGCUUGUGGGUGAAGGGCACUGGAGAGAAAUGGACGCGACAGGGCAGAACGGGGCCAGGAGGAGUAUCGGGGGGUGGAGAGAGGCUCAGGCUCAGGAAGCACAAGAGCUGCAAGGCGAGAAGAAGUGAGGCCGUGAGCCAGGCCCGGGUAGUGACUAAUGACCUUGACGACUAGAGACGAUAAUGCAGCGCCUUUUGCGGCCAUCAGCGGGCUUGCCGUUUUGAGUGAUGUAGAUAUAUAUCCUCUGCCAUCAGUAGGCUGCCAGGCCUCGGAAGCUCCAGGGACUCCCGUCUCAAGUGGGCGGCUCCGU